UUCCUUUGUACACAGAGAAAAUUCUACGUUUUUGCAGUUAAUAGUUCAAAUAUUUUCACUCAGAACUCGAAUGAUGAUAAAAAUUGUCUAUAUUCUUGCUCACCAGUAAGCAUCUACUGGUGCCAUAUUCAUGGCAAAAGACAUCUCCUCACAUGAAUGUUUAUAGAAGACAGCAGUACAGAUUAUGUAAUUAAUUUCCAAGGACAGAUAUGUCGUCAACUGUUGUUGUAACACAGCUGGAAACAGAGCAGAACUAUGAGUUAGAAAAUGGAAGUGAUGAGGAAGAUGAAGGAAGGGAUGCAGAGUUGAUUAUUUACAAAGAUUGCUCUAAGGGACUAGGAAUUAAAAUCUGUGGAGGAUGUAGUGUUGAUGGGCGAGAAAACAAUGGCAUAUUUGUGAAAAGAACCUUACCUGGAGGUUUGGCAGAUAUAGAAGGACAUCUUCAACAUGGAGAUCAGAUACUUGAAGUGAAUGGAGAAAGUCUGGAAGGUGUCACAAAUGAGAGGGCUGUAUCAAUAUUACGGCAGGCCUCAGCUACAAAUAGGGUAGAAAUGAUCAUAACAAAUGAUGAGCAAGCCAGACUUGAAUUUAAAGAGAUUAUAGAGAAACAAAAUGGCUACAGUUUCCCUAGUACACCUGUGCCGACAGAUUCACACAGCAAGCACAGCUCAAGGGCUACAACUCCAUCAGGAUAUGGGACAGACAGUUUUGGUAUAUCUCCAGAAGUGAAUGGUGUGAGUGAGUCCAGCAACAUCAGCCCCAGGAACUCAUCUGGGUCCAAGAUCAGCCCAAGGGGACCAGUUCAGAGAUUGAGUGACCGAGGCCAUGACAUGGUGCUGACAAAUGGUGUGGCUCCAGCACAACCCAAUGGUUUACCAAAAGCUGUUGCUAGAAAAAUGGUUCCUAACAUGGCCUCAACGCCACAGGUGAAAGGGAUGACUGGCAAUGUUGAGUUAUCUUCUCUGUUUGGUACGGAGGAGCCCUCUCCUGUACAAGGAACGAGUGCCUUCACCAUGCCUGGAUCACAGACUGACGCAGGAAACUCUAUCUUAAUUCUCACGCUGGAAACCAUCAUGCGAUGUAUGUCUCAGUCUCGUAAACUAUCCUUGGAUCCCCACGUCAGAUUAAAGAUAGAGAAACUAGAAGUGGCACUGAGGUAUCUAGGUUUGGAUCCCACACAGGAACAACAGCAGCUGAUGAGGGAACAACUAAACAUUGAUGUUUCAGGCACUGUCAACUAUGGAGAUUUUGUGGUGGUAGCCAGGAACUUGUUCCGUGCCGAGUUGGAAGAGAAGAAUAUUGGUGCUGGAGUGAUGCUGUUUGCUGCCAGUGACAUCACUAAUAUCUUAGAACCACCAGCAUUUAACCCAGAGUUGAGCAUCAUAACAGAUUUUGGUGAAAACAACAAUGAGGAUCUGAUAAGUCUUCAACAGGAAAGAAAUGAGCUCCGAGAAGAAGUAAAAAGAUUGAAGGCACUGUUACAAGAAAAGGAAUCCUCCUGCUUCAGGGCAGAAGAGGAUUUACAGAGCAUCAGAAAGAGAGCACAAGGAGCCAUAGAGGAGACCAAGUCCCUUAAGACCAAGGUCCAGCUAGCAGAACAGGCCCAGCGGGCAGCUCGAAGUAUGGAACAGGACUAUGAGGAGGUUGUACAGCUUCUGGAGAGCGAGAUUGCCAAACUCAAGGCUAACAUCAAAGGUCAACAUGACCAGAGCCCUUCUAUGCAGCAGAAGCUAGCAGUGUUAAACUGUCAGUUGAAAAAGUCUGAAGCUGGAAAGAAAGCUUACGAGGUCUCUACAGAAAAACUUCUUCAGUUUGCAGAGCAUGUCCACGAGACUAUAACAGCCCAGGGCAACUCUCUUGGAACUAAGUCACAAGGGGAAAAUGCCAGAGGAAAUAGGCCACCUGGCUAUCUGGGGAAACACAAAAAGGCCACCCCCAAAACUUUGGCUGCUGAGGCUAAGGAGGUGGUCCAGGCAGUUCGGGCUAUCAUAGAGUCAGAGCCUUUACCUUACGGUUGGGAAGAAGCAUACACUGCAGAUGGCAUGAAGUACUACAUCAAUCAUAUUACACAAUUAACUACAUGGUCACAUCCGAAGUCUGGAGUACAGCAACUGGACCCAAUACAGGGAACUAAGGCCAGACAGAAGGCGUCAGAACCUCCUAAACAGUCGUAGUGUCAUGGAAACUCUCAAAAUUUUGUAUCCAAAGACUGCGGAACCACCCAGCUGUCAUCAGCCAUGGCAUUCGGAACUACCCAGCUGUCAUCAGCCAUGACAUUCAAGUCUCUGAAUGACCUGGAAUCUCCCAAAAUUUGAUUUGUGUCCUGGAGAAGGUGCUGGCCUUACAUUUAUCAAUGUCCGGUAAAAUCCUGUGUAUACUGUACCUUUAUUAUUACCUACAUUUAUACAUUACCAGGUAUAAACUUGAUAUUUAUAUCUUUCCUCUAAGUCAACUAUAACCUUUUGACCUCUAAAUGCCAUUAUCAUUUACCUGCAAUUAUAUGUUUGCAUAAAAUGUAUAAGUCUAUUGUAGUGACCAGAACCAAAGAGAUCAUUGUAAUUCUACUAAUUAUUAUAUACAGGACAUUUCUAAGGAACUGUUUAAUGGUGCCUAUACACAAGCUGGCAGAAAGGGAUGUUAGCUGUCACAUUGAUCAGUCUACUGUAUGACAUUAUUGUGUUUUACAAGGAUUUAAUUCAGACUUACAUUUAUCAGUAUUAAUCAUCAAAUUAAUUGUCUUCCCAUUGGUUUUCCCUUUUUAUGUAUUUUCGUGGUAAUCUGUAUUUGAAGUUUACUUGUAAGGGGUAAGUCUUAGGAAAGCCAAUUGUUCUGACUUCAUAUUUUAUUAUGAAUUUCUGCAUUGUCCUCAUUCAUAAUCAUCGAAGAAAGAAUCUGAAUUAUGCCAUUUUUUGUGAAAAUAUAUUCUGAUCUGACUGUAAGUUGAUCUGACAAAUCAUAGUUUAAACCAAUGCAUUGGUGUUGAUGGUUAAUGUGAAUGGGGUACUGACUAUAAGGUUGUCAGAGGUUUUACUCUCGUUAUCAGUGUAAAAGUUUACAUUGUUACAACCUGUAACAGGUUCAACAUAAAGGUAUUGGUUGUGUUGAACACCUGAUUCUCAAUGGUGAGUUCGGAUUUAGGAGAUAUAGAUAUAUACAUAUACCUACCUGUAUGGUUAUGUGUGCUGUGAGGUUGUCAUAUAUGUGUGCAAGUUCUGUGAUAAAAAGGCUAGUGAUUUCACUUUAUUUAUAUAAACAAGUCCAAUAUAUUGAAGCAUAUAUUUUGUAUUAAUCAAAAUCUUAAUAUGGUCACUUUUUAAUUUUCAGUGAAUAUAUAUGGUUUUAGCUGUAUUAUUUUAGAACAAGUCAUUUUGCAUGGUCAGCUAAUAGUGAUGGAUUUGAUAUAAUUUUAUUGGAUUUUGACACAGAAUUCACAAUUAUCAAUUUGUAACAAGCCUCUUGCAGGUGUGGUAGCUUUGCCUAAAUGUUGUUUCCCUCAUAAAUCAAUGUUUGUCAAAUUGACUGUUUUGUACAAUUUACUCCCAAAAUGUGCUUUUUGUUAAUAACGUCUUGUUUUGAAAAGCUUGAUGACAGUGUUGUUUUUUUAUAUAAAUUUAGUAACAGUGUUUCUUACAGAAAAUUUAAUGUAGUUUCGUAUAAACAGCUGGUGCUCCAUUGUCAAGUUGGGGAUUUUACAGGACAACUUGGUCUUUCUCUCACUCUUAUUUGUCCCUGUAUUCAAGCCCACUUGUAAUCCACCCUCACUAGCUUUCAAUAAAAGGGAUUUGGGUGUGAAUUUUAAAAGGAUCAUCACAUUUAUUUUAUUUCUCCUUUUUUAUGCCUAUUGUAAAUAGGUGAUACAGUUCUGCAUUGCAUCAUUAUAAUUUGAUUUUUUCCCUCAUAAAUCAAACAAUGUUUAGAAAGUAGCAGCCAGAAGUGUUAGCAAAUAUAUAAUCUAAAAACUUAUAGAUGUAGAUAAAUGUAUUUGUGCACAGGACACUUUCCAUCCAUCAGUCACAGAAUCAGAUGGACACCAGUGGAGUCUUUUCACUCCAGACAGUCCAGAAAUGUAUGAAUUAUCAAAUUUAGGAUUCAACUCCAAACUAUGUUUUUCUAACAUUGGAUCAGAAAAUUGAUGAAUUUUCACUCCAUACCUCAUCUUUGAUUUUCUAUUAAUUUAAUUGUUAAUGAAAGUAUUUCAGUUACCGGUAAUAUAUUUCCAUUUGUGAAACAAAAACAAAUUGAAAAAAUAAAAAAACCUCUAUGACAAUGUUUUCAUUAAGUUGAUGUCAGUAACUUAUUAUGUGCAGUUUAUUUUUUAUUGGAAUAAUAAUAUACAUAUACUGGAUAUCGUAACUUUAGAUUUCACUGUCAUGAUAAUACAUUUUUAUUGAUGUAGAUCUGAUUUGAGUACUGCAAUGUAGUAAUUAUUUUUUUUAUGAUACAAAUAUUUAUUCCCCCAGCAGGAAAAAUAUAUGUGUAUACAACUAUGGCAAAGUAAUAAUUGUAUACACACAUCCUUAAUUGGUAGGAGUUGCCAGGGUUGGGAAGCCCUGGGUUCAUCUCCCCUGUCCUUGUACAGGAGGGCUCUCACACAGCAUUUAUAGAUAACUGCAACAAAAACAGGAACAAAAUGCUAGCACAACUCUAUUUAAUAGAGACAUAAUUAUUUUUAUUGCGAUUAACUUGUUUGGGAUCAAUGACAACCAUUAUGUUUUUUUUAAUUCAAAUAUUCUCAUGUUUUAUUUGGAUAAUAAAUACUAAAUAUAUUAAAUAAUGCUGAUGUAGCUAUCUUUCCAUUUGGAAAGUGAAGGUAAACAGAUCAAUCCUGUAGGUAACUUAUGGAUAAAAUGUUUACCAUCCCUAGUUCAUUCUGUCCUUAGUGUCAUAUUGAUCAGUUAGAUACUGAUGAUGCGGGUAGAGAGCGAUUAUUUUGUGUUCAUAACUGUACUAUAAACUUUUACACUCUUUUUAUACAAAUUGAGUUUCUUUCUCAAGUAUUAUUCCUGAAAUCCUUUGUUCUAUUGAAUAGAAAAUCCACAACUUUUACAGCCUUGUAUGUUAACUACGUCAGUAACUUACAUCUGUUCAAAUCCUUGAGUGUUAUACAAUCUUGAUGAUUAUCAAGGCCAGUAUUAUUGCCUACUGUGUGUUGGCCAUGUGUAAAAGUUCUGACUAGUAGUUCAGUCCCUGGUUGUCGUCCUGUCUCUCUAAGUGUCAAAACACAUAUAUAGAUAUUGUUCUGAUCAUGUCUCCUUUAGUGUCAGUAUGAACACAUCAUUAGUUUACCAUGGAUUAGAUAUGGCAAAGUCUACAUUUUUGUUUUCCAUGGAUCAGAGGUAGUUUAAUAUUUUUCAUUCAUUUAGUAAACAGCAUAAGUGUUAUGUGGUGAAAUCAGUACAUUUGAUAUGUAGUGAUCUUAAAUGGCCAUAGUUGUCGAAUGCAAUUAGUUGUUCAGUCAUAAAGACACCAAUAUUUAAAUGUCUCUUUAUACAUACAUUACUGGUCUAUAUAUGUAGUACAUAAUUAAUUAGUACACUAUAUAACUUCGAGGGAUUUAUAUAAUUUACUUCAUUACAUGUCUAAUCACUUGUUAAAAGGGAAACAAUACCUACUAAGUAAUACAAUAUAUACAAUCUAUUAUCAUUAAUAAGUGUUCUGAUCAUUGGUGGAUGUUUUCUCUUUUGGAUUAUUUUAUGUAUAUAUAUCUAUGUCAUCAUGACUGUAUCUGUGUUAGAUUAAGUCAUAUUCCAUUAAAGUGUAGAAGUUAUUCUAUAAUCAUUAUCUGAUAAAAUAUUUGUUGUGUUGCUGUCAGAGCCAUAUUUUGCCAUUGUAACAUAGGUAUUCAGAUUCAACAUUGCCUGCAAUUGUGUGGCAAUAUAUUGAUAUAGAAUACUUGAUGUCAAUCCAAUAUGAUAUUAUUACACACUGAAUACAGCUAUUCAGGAUACAUUUGUGUUUGAUUUACGACUGUUUUCUCUGAAAUAUGUCAGUAGAAUGUUGUGGUGAUAUUCACCACAAUUCAUUUAACAUUGUGGCAGUUUAUACAUCUAUCAAAGUGCUAGUAACGUUCAUAGUUAAUUGAAAAUGGCCUCACAUCCAAUUUGAUUUUUCAUGUUCAAAUGAAGAAUCUGCUAAUGAACCAUAUUGUUGGUAUCAAUUUCUUUUAGCUAUUGUCAUGUCUUGAGUGUCGAAUUAGGUUGCACUCUUCCAUUUGGAUGUUUUAGAUUGGUACACCUGCAAUCCUUUGCACACCUGAAAUCAACGUAGGUAUAAGCUUGUCUUGAUGGGGCAAAUCAAGGUGCGGCAUGAUUUAUCCAUCAGUUAAUAUUUUCAUGUCCAAUGCAUAAUACUUCAAUCACAUUAGUUAUUAGGAUGUGUCGGAACCUAAACAGUUAUUAGGAUGUGUCGGAACCUAAACAGUUAUUAGGAUGUGUCGGAACCUAAACAGUUAUUAGGAUGUCGGAACCUAAACAGUUAUUAGGAUGUGUCGGAACCUAAACAGUUAUUAGGAUGUGUCGGAACCUAAACAGUUAUUAGGAUGUGUCGAAACCUAAACAGUUAUUAGGAUGUGUUAGAACCUAAACAGUUAUUAGGAUGUCGGAACCUAAACAGUUAUUAGGAUGUGUCGGAACCUAAACAGUUAUUAGGAUGUCGGAACCUAAACAGUUAUUAGGAUGUGUCGGAACCUAAACAGUUAUUAGGAUGUGUUAGAACCUAAACAGUUAUUAGGAUGUCGGAACCUAAACAGUUAUUAGGAUGUGUUAGAACCUGAUCAGUUAUUAGGAUGUGUUAGAACCUAAACAGUUAUUAGGAUGUGUCAGAACCUAAAUAGUUAUAAGGAUGUAUUGGAACCUUUGCUUUACGAUAAGAUUCAUGAAAUGAACUGAAAGCACAUUUAAAAUUUUCAGAGCAUAAGUAACAAUAUUUUGUAGACAAUAUCAAUCAGCGAUGUUCUAUUGAUUAUCUUCAAGGAAAUCACUUUAAGGUUACAAAUUGAGAUCAAAAAUUGAAGUCGGACUUUAAAUUUGUCUUCAACUUUUUUUACAUGUCACCCUGGCAAAAUAUGAGCUCCUUCCUACAGACUAGGGAGCAUGUCUGUCUAGUUCAUUCAUUAUAGUGUCAGCCAACCCGAAGUUCCAGGGUUGAUACCUUACAGUGACAUUGAUAAAAUGUUUCUGUUAUAUUAGUGUUUGGGUGGUACCUACAUCAUUGGUAAAACGUCAGACUUCCCAGUUUAAAUCUCUAACGAAACUCUUGGUAGGUAUUGACAGGUAUAAUUGGUACACUAUAUAUACUAAGCAGUAGUAAAAAGUAGUCUAAUAAUAGGAACUAACCACAGUGAUUUAUCAACAUCAUAUCAAUCGUAGAACUCCAAAUUUUAAACUCUCAAAGUUAAGCUCAAAGGUGAACUUUUAAAUUGAUGGUUUAUGCAUAUUUACAGGGGUGUUGUAUUAAACCUCAUGGCUUACACAUGUAUCAUAUUCCAUUAAUGAAGAGAAGACCAAUUAUCAACAUAGAUAUUGUAUGAGUUAUAGAAUAUAUAACUGUAUAUGAAUGUAGCAGGAUUGUUUUCUUUUUCAUAAUCAAUACUCAGAUGUAUAUUGUAAUAUUGGAUAGGUACAUCUAUUCAUAACUUAUGUAGUCUUGUGCAAAAUAAUGUCUUCCUUAUAGCUUAUAUGAUUUUUGAUGGACUGGGUAAACCAGAAAAAAAGAGCCUCUGUUUCCAAGUGUAUUAGAUGGAUCGAUAGUGUAUUAGAUGGAUCGCGAUUGGAUCACAGGUUUCCAUAUGGUGGUUUUGUAGGUUUCAUUUAGCUUUAGGAAUCGCAUUAAUAUCCAUUAUGUAGGGAUCAAAGUCUGCACAAGGCAAAACAGUUUAAAAUUUCAACAUUUAUAUAUUUUGUAAUUUUACAUACAAGUACAUCAAGUGAUAAUGUUCUGAUUUUCUGCAUUUCAUUACCUUGGUGUUAACUAUUCCACAAAUGCAUUGCUGGUAAUUGUACCUAUAAUAUAUAUCUGUUACAUAUACCCGCAGCUAGAAGUUAAAUGUAUUACUGCUAUUAAAUGUAGCUUGAAUUGAUUUUGGUCCAAACUUUCUACUUUCUAGAGCUUAAAUAAAAAACUUUUUUUUGUUUAAUUUCAAAUAUUGCAUUAAUCAGAAAUAUUUAAAGCUUAGGAUAUCCAUAUUUAUUUGAUAGCUAUGUCUCUAAUGAAUAAUUUAGCAAACUGAGGAAAAAUAUAACAUUUUCUUUGUUACUAGACUAAGUAAACUAAGUUUACUGAUAAGAUAACUAUUAAACUGUUUUUUAUGAAAUUAUAUUUGUUUAUCAUAAUUUAUGGAAUGAAGUUUUUGAUGAUUUAUUACAGUGCAUAACACAAAAUUGUUUCAAACAGUACAUUUUAUGUGGGAGUAAAUCUAUGACCCAGAUUUUUUUUCAGAUGCUAUAUUUUUUAUACAAGUCUGGUUGUGCAAAAAUAAGAACAAGACUCUUGUCCUAGAAACAUUUUGUUUUUCGAAACCUUCGAAAGUUUUCCUGUUAAAUAUUUACUUUUCUAAUACUAACUUGAACUAUAUCUUCCCGUCCGUAGCUACGCAGGUUGUAAUCAGUAAAAGCAGAUGAAGAGCAAUAAAGUACUUUUGUAUGUAUA